AUGCCGCUAGAACUGCAUGGGGUCAAGGCCGCCGAGGUCCACGAGAAGAUCCAGCGCCUGAUCGAUGGAAUGGUCAAUAUCAAAGACACAACCGGAGAAUUCUUGAUUAAGCUGGAAGAUGGGCGUGUGAUUGACGCCAAGGGCUGGAACGACUGGGAGUGGACGCAUGGUAUCGGUCUCAACGGUAUCUGGGCCUACUAUGAGCUCACAGGGGACACCAAAUAUCUCAAGAUCAUUGAGGAUUGGUUUGCCGCUCGCUUCGCCGCUGGUGGAACGACCAAGAACAUCAACACUAUGGCCGUCUUUCUUUCCUUGGCAAACGUCUAUGAAGUCACAGGCAACCGCACAUAUCUGCCGUGGUUGGACAGCUGGGCCGAAUGGGCCUAUCAUGACUUGGAGAGAACCAAGUUUGGUGGCAUGCAGCAUAUCACCUACAUUGAAGAGAAUGAUCAGCAGCUAUGGGAUGAUACCCUCAUGAUGACUGUUCUACCCCUUGCCAAGAUUGGGAAAUUGCUUGGGCGCGAGCACUACAUCAAAGAAGCUAAGAAACAAUUCCUCAUCCACAUCAAAUAUCUAUUUGAUACAAAGUCCGGUCUGUUCUUCCACGGUUGGGACUUCAAUGACGGGGGCCACAACUUUGCAAGGGCGCUCUGGGGACGUGGCAAUGCCUGGUUAACCAUGGCAAUCCCUGAAUUCUUAGACAUUCUGGACCUUCCGUUAGAUGAUCCCAUUGCUUCACAUCUACUCGAUACCCUGAAUGCGCAAUGUCAAUCUCUCAAGAAUCUUCAGUUAGAUUCGGGGUUGUGGAGGACGCUGUUAGAUCAUCCGGUUGAAGAAGGCUCGUAUCCUGAGUCGAGUGCGACAGCUGGGUUCGCUUUUGGAAUGCUCAAGGCCCAGAGAAAGAAGUACGUUGGCAAGGAAUAUUCUGAAGUAGCUCUCAAGGCUAUCAGGGCAAUUCUUGACAAUGUUGAUGCUCAAGGAGAGUUGCAAAAUACCUCUUUUGGGACCCCAAUGGGCCACGAUCUCCAAUUCUACAAGGACAUUCCCAUAACAAGUAUGCCUUAUGGUCAAGCUAUGGCAAUUAUGGCUUUGGUGGAGUUUGCACGAGUUUAUAUCUAG